CGCGACUUUAUUUGUGACUAUUCAUAAUCGCGGCCACGCUUCGCGCAGGCGCCACUUUCGCUGCGCGUCUUCGCACGCACGAGGGGUGUAUCAUCACACGCGAGAUAUCUGGAGAUAUCUCUUCGCAUUCCGCGUACGGCGAACCUCAUUAAGUUGAUCAAAUGAUAGAAGAUCGUUGUGCUCUCGUCGCCAAAUCGUCGCUCAUCGGAAGAGGCAGCGGACCUUCGCGCUGACGAGACAGGAGGAUUCCCUUGCUCGACGGCGAUGUGAUUCUACACUCGCACCAAGGGCGCGGUGGAACUGAGGCGCAGAACCGACGGCACCGUUUUCCGGUCGUUCCCUCGACCACCAGCAGCACCGGCCGACGAUUACGAGUAUCCAGCGACGAUCGACGACACCGUCGCCGAGUUCGAGGCCACCUCUAAUAAAAUAUACAUUUAGUCGCUUUGUAACGCAGUACAUAAAGUUAAAAGAAAUACGUGAAUAACAUUCGCUUACCUGCUAGGUGCAUACAAGGUGUACUUGCCGUCCUUGCUGAUGUUUCCGGUCCAUUUUGGAAUUCUCUGCUAAUGGACUGUUUAUAGUAUUUACCAAGAAUCUCUUAUAACAAUCAAGAUGGCACCCGAUCCGGUAACGCAAAUGAACACAUAUCGGUCAUAUGUAACCAUGCUGGCUGACCCAGUUUCAAAAGAUGAGCUGAAACUGAAGGCAGCCCAAGAAUUAUCAGAAAACUUUGAGAUCAUUAUGUGUUCAUUGCAAUAUCCACAAUUUCUCGAUCAUAUGAUGAAAAUCUUUCUGAAGAUAUUGCAAGAGGGAGAACCGCACUUCAUAUCAGAGUAUAAUAUUCAACAAGUUAGAAAAUUAAUUUUGGAAAUGAUACACAGAUUACCAAGCAAUGAAUAUUUGCGUCCAUAUGUCAGACAAAUUCUGACUCUUAUAUUCAAAUUACUAGAGACAGAUAAUGAAGAAAACGUUCUCGUUUGUUUACGUAUUAUAAUCGAUCUUCAUAAGCAAUAUAAACCAACAUUUAAUCCAGAAAUUCAAUAUUUCCUUCAAUUUGUCAAAUCGGUGUAUAGUGAAUUACCAAAAAAUUUAUCAAAAAUAUUUGAACCACGUCCCCCCUUACGUGUUAAAGAUCUGUCGGAAAUUAACAUAGAAGCAUUAUUGAAGGAAACAUUUACGAUUACAGCAAUACAAAGCGAAAAGAAAGCUGCUGAUGGUACCGUCGUGACAUACAAUUUGAUUCCGAAAGCAGUGCUGUCUCUCAAGGUGCUCCAAGAAUUGCCAAUAAUCGUAGUUUUAUUGAAUCAAUUAUACAAGCAGAACGUAUAUCAGGACGUAUCGGAUUUUGUUCCAAUUGUGAUAACAACCAUAUCGCUUCAACCUAGUCUUCAGCAUCGAACAUCACCUGGAUUCAAUAAGGAGGUCUUCGUUGAUUUUAUGGGCGCCCAAGUAAAGACACUUUCUUUCCUCGCAUACGUUAUAAGACCCUACCAAGACUUAAUAUCGCAAAAUAGUACGAUGCUGGUUAAAGGUAUACUAGGCUUGUUUACGCUUUGUCCGAUGGAAGUAGCUCAUUUACGCAAGGAACUCGUUAUAGCCUCACGUCACAUACUUGCUACGGAUCUACGAAAUCAUUUUAUCCCGCAUAUGGAGAUCUUUUUUAAUGAAGAUAUCUUUAUCGGUCAUGGUUGGACCGCGCAUGAGGCUCUGAGACCUCUAGCUUACUCCACACUCGCCGACUUGGUUCAUCAUGUUAGACUUCAAUUGCCACUUAGCGACGUAUCGAAAGCGGUGCACUUAUAUGGCAAGAAUUUACUUGAUCAAACUUUGCCUACAGCCGUUCAAAUGGUUUCUUGUAAGUUACUGAUGAAUUUAGUGGAUACGGUUAGACAAAGAUCUGAUGCUGAGAACAGCACUCAAGGACGCGAGCUAUUGAUACGUAUACUAUUGGUAUUUGUUCUGAAAUUUAAGAUGAUUGCCAAGAUAUAUAUUCCAAUUCUGCGGAACAAAGCGAAACAAUUACGACCCGCCAUAGUAGAGAAUACGACUGAGGAUAAUACAAAAUCGUGUAUUGAGGUGAAUGAGGAGAAAGAACAGCCGAAAUCGAAAUUUGGUUUCCCGACCUCACAAGCGAUGAGUUACAAUGUGGCCGAUUAUAGAAAUCUAGUGAAAAGUUUAGUUCAUGGCGCUAAGGCUAUAACAACUAAUUGCAUCAAGAGUCGAACUAACGAGGCAACACAAUCGAAUCAGCUUCAGCCGAAAGAGACGUUGAUUUAUAUACAACUUGUCAAAUGGGCUUUACCAGCACUGGAUAUUUACACAAUAGGACCACCAGCUAUUGGCGUUCCUGCGCAACCGGGAGGUAGACCGGUGCAAUCCCAAACUAUACGGACACGAGAAGAGAAAGAGGUAUUAGAUCUCUUCGGUAACGUGUUCACACAAAUGAAUCCCCAAACAUUCCAAGAGAUCUUUUCCGUGUCAAUAGAUUAUAUGGUCGAGAGAAUAUUUAAGAACUGCGCCUUGCAAAUAAUUGGAAGCUCAUUCUUAUCGAAUCAUACAGUUUCGUCGACAUUUGCAACGAUAUUGGUGGAAUAUCUGCUCGAACGUAUGAGUGAGAUGGGUUCGAAUGUUGAACGGAGUAAUUUAUAUUUGAAAUUAUUUAAACUUGUCUUCGGCAGCGUAUCGCUCUUUCCUACCGAAAAUGAGCAUAUGUUGCGACCGCAUUUGAAUUUAAUUGUGAAUCGCGCCAUGGAGCUAGCCAUGUCGGCGAAAGAACCAUACAACUAUUUUCUGCUGCUUCGCGCAUUAUUCCGCUCUAUAGGUGGUGGCUCUCAUGACUUAUUGUAUCAAGAAUUUUUACCUUUGCUUCCUAAUAUGUUGGAGGGACUGAACAGACUGCAAUCUGGUUUACAUAGACAACAUAUGAAAGAUCUUUUUGUCGAGUUAUGCUUAACUGUACCAGUGCGUCUCAGUUCUCUCUUACCGUAUCUUCCAAUGUUAAUGGAUCCCUUGGUAUCCGCUCUCAAUGGAAGUUACUGCUUAGUAAGUCAAGGUCUACGUACGCUAGAGUUAUGCGUUGACAACCUUCAGCCGGAUUUUUUGUACGAGCACAUACAACCAAUCCGUGCCGAAUUGAUGCAAGCACUUUGGCGGACGUUGCAUAAUUCUAAUGAUCAGGCUCAUGUCGCUUUCCGAGUCCUCGGUAAAUUUGGCGGCGGAAAUCGGAGAAUGAUGAUUGAGCCACAAAAAUUGGAAUAUGACGAUCGUGAAACCAGUUCUCCCAACGUGGUGGUUUACUUCCAAGGUUACUCCCAGUCGAUCGAUUUUCCAAUGGAGAAAGUAAUCGAGGCUGCGUUUAAUGCGUUGAAAUCUAAUACGACUGAUGUGUUCUACCGCAAGCAAUGCUGGGAGAUCAUACAUUGUUAUUUGGCAGCAUCCUUAAGAAUGGAUGAUGCCGCUCACUUGUGGUACGAUCUGUUUACGCAUCCGAGUUUUAAAGAUGGCGAAAUACCGCCUCAACAAGGACCAUAUUAUAGGUGUCCCGAUACUGUGGCGCGAAACGUUCAACAGACAGCCUUGACCAGCAUGUUCGUCGCUGCGGAAAUCAAGGAAUUGAGACCUGCGGUGCUCGGCACCGUCGUUUCCGUCGUGAGACAUUACACUAUGAUCGCCAUAGCACAACAGGCUGGUCUUUUCUGUUGGAGUGAUCGCGAAAUUCGCAAGGAUAUGCAAGGUCAAGAUCCUUUAGUACUGAUUGACGCCCUCGCUGUCAUAAUGGGUCACGAUGAAAGAGAAUUGUAUAAAGCGGGAUAUCUGGCGCUCGUGCUGAUAUUAGAAACGGCGACGAAUAUCCUAGGUUCCAAGGAACGGGCCUGCCAAUUACCCUUCAUGGAGUACUUAGCGGAGAGAAUGUGUUCACUGUGCUACGAGCGCGCCUGGUAUGCUAAAUUAGGUGGUUGCAUAGCGAUCAAAUUUUUAUUCGAACGAAUGGCUACCAAAUGGGUUCUUAAUCACUUGUUCGUCUUCCUAAAAGCUCUUAUAUUCGUGAUGAUGGAUCUCACCGACGAGGUGUCCAAUGGUGCAAUCGACAUGGCGAAAGAGAAUUUGGAAAAGAUGCUGAGAGUCUGUGUAAAUCCUGGUAUUCAGGACGACAACGUGGAAUUGAUAGAAGCGCAAAACAAAAGCCUAUACGAGGUCACUCGUGAACUGGUCAAACAAGUUACGUCACCGCACACGAUCGUGCGUGAACAGGCCAUGGUCUCGUUACGUCAGCUCGCCGAAAUACAAAACAUGUCAGUGACGGAAGUUAUGGAGCCGCAUAAGGAAGUUUUAGCAGAUAUGAUACCACCAAAGAAGCACCUUUUGAGACAUCAGCCGACUAACGCACAAAUCGGCUUGAUGGACGGUAACACGUUUUGCACCACCUUGAAUCCUCGUCUAUUUACUAUUGAUUUAAUCAUUCUAGAGCAUAAGGUGUUCUUCCAAGAAGUGUUGUCUAUCUGUGAAGCAGACGAUGCCACUCUCACGAAAUUAGCUUGCUAUAAAUCGAUUUCGAAUCUGAUGCCCCUGAGAAAGUCGGCAUUACGAGCGCUUGCAGCCUGUCAUUACAUUGUGGGUUGGCGCGAGAAGAUACUUGGCGUUCUUUAUAAAGCUUUGGAAAAACCUCAAGCCGAGCUGCAGGAAACAGCUUUUGAGUGUAUGAAAACAUUUAUUGCUGGUUUUCAAUUCGACAUGGAGACUAUUCACUCAAUGAUGCGACCUUUGCUCUUGACGCUGGGUGAUCAUCGAAACCUGAAUCUGAACUGCGUUAGAAGAUUAUCAUAUCUAACGCAGCUCUUCCCGAGCACUUUUAGCGUCACCUUGUGUGAGCAAAUGUUACAGCAUGUGAAGAAACUUUUGGAGAACCUGAUUCAAUCACGCAAAGGUACAUCGAAGUCUGGCGAGAUCGAACAAAAAAUUACUAUUAUUAUAGGAAUAUUUUACAACAUCCCAGCAUCGCUACCCAAAUUCAACGAUCAACUCUGCAGAUUUAUUCUCCAAACUGAAAAAACAUUGUUAGUCGAAGUUUCCAGUCCAUUUCGAGAACCUUUAAUGAAGUGUCUUCUACGUUUUCCAACGGACGCGCUUAAUCUAUUUCUGCAUGAUAGCAAUAUUAAAGAUCAACAAUGGAGCAGAUAUUUAGAGUAUCUUAUUAGCCACAAAGAUGGUAAGUCGUUUCGUGAUAUUUUACACAACAGCACGGCGCGACUCGUCACGAUGCUGCUCGCUCAUUCGCAAACAAAUUCCAAUUUAACGCAUAUGGAGAAGAACGAGGUGCAGUAUCGGGCGAUCAAGAUUAUUGGCAUACUCAUCAAGUACGACGAACAAUGGUUAUCUACCCAGAAUCAAUUGGUGGGCGCGUUGAAGCAGAUCUGGUACAACGACGAUUAUCAGGCGUUGCAUAAGAAAGUCGAGGGUGUCGAAUAUUGCCACUGGAAGGAACCGAAGCACAUUGUCAAAAUUCUGUUGCACUAUUUUCGUCACACGCCAAAUGAUAUUGAUCUGUUGUUUCAACUUCUUCGAGCCACGUGCGAUCGGUUUGUGCCGGACUUUCAGUUUCUACGAGAUUUCCUGGAGAACACAGUCGCGCAAGAAUACACGGUCGAAUGGAAACGUAGCGCUUUCUUCCGCUUUGUCGAACAUUUUCCCACGAAUAACAUGUCGCAAGAAUUGAAGGCCAACGUUCUGCAACUGAUCAUAAUUCCGUGUUUUGCGGUAAGCUUCGAGCGCGGCGAAGGUACAAAACUGGUUGGAGGCGCGCCGAUGCCUUACCAAGAUAACCCGGAGAACGUUGUGUCGGUAUUUAUUAGUAAGAUAAUUGACCCUGAUAAUCCGUUUGGCUCCGCCGAUUGUGUCCGCAUCUCUCUACUGCAAUUCUCUUGUCUUCUGGUGGAACAAGCGUCACAGCACAUUCACGAUGUGACUAACAAGAGACAAGGAAAUAAACUACGUCGACUGAUGACAUUUGCCUGGCCAUGUCUAUUAGGUAAAAAUUGCGUAGAUCCAACCACUCGGUAUCAUGGUCAUCUUCUUCUGAGUCACAUAAUUGCUAAAUUUGCUAUUCACAAACGCAUAGUUCUGCAGGUGUUUCACAGCUUAUUGAAGGCGCAUGCCGUGGACGCACGUAAUGUUGUACGACAAGCGCUAGAAAUACUGACACCUGCGAUGCCUGUGCGAAUGGAAGAUGGUAAUACUAUGCUAACGCACUGGACGAAGAAAAUAAUCGUAGAGGAAGGUCAUUCUAUGCAACAAUUGUCUCAUAUCUUGCAACUAGUUGUUAGACAUUACAAAGUUUAUUAUCCAGUCAGGCACCAUCUGGUUCAACAUAUAGUAAACUCGAUUCAACGUAUAGGAUGCACUCCGACCGCUACUAUUGAGCAUCGACGGCUGGCUGUUGAGUUGGCGGAAGUCAUCGUAAAAUGGGAACUGUAUAGAAUUAAAGAAGAAGCCGAAAUCACGGAAUCCAAAACUAACGUACAGCCAUCUUCAAGUGCAACUAAACGCACGAUUAUCGAUGAUUCAUCUAAUAAACGCGUGAGUUCACAAACGCCGUCCGGUAAUAGUCCCGUACCUCUUAUUUCACCUAGAAUGGAGCCAGGAUCGGCGAAACCGAUUGAGAGAGCUCAUGCAGACGCCGUACUGAAUUUCCUGCUACGCCUCGCGUGUCAAGUAAAUGACGUAACAACAAUCCACGGCAAUCCUGGCGAACAAUUAUCCAGGCGUUGCGUGGCUCUGUUGAAAAUGGCACUAAAACCCGAUGUAUGGAUCGCUGAACAGUGCGAUUUAAAGCUAGCCUGGCUCGACAAAGUUCUCGCUAGCGUGGACAGCAACCAACCCAAUCAACCCAACUAUGGUAACAUUAACACAGCACUAGAAGUGCUAACGUUUUUGUUGGGCGUGAUGAAGCGCGAACAGAUACUCGUUAGUUUUAAGCCAUUGCAGCGGGGAAUAGGUGCCUGUAUCGCAAGUAGCAACACUAAAAUUAUACGUCUGGUGCAUGCCUUACUGUCGCGAUUGAUGACGAUUUUUCCGGCUGAACAGGCUUCCCCAAACAUAACACCUAAGUAUGAAGAGUUGGACACAUUGUACACGACAAUAGGCAGAUUUAUAGCCGAAGGACUGACCACUUACGAAAAGACCACCUCGGCUACACCGAGUUCACUUUUCGGCACGCUUAUGGUGCUUAAAGCGGCUUGUACGAACAAUCCUAGUUAUAUCGACCGACUGAUAACUCCGUUUAUGAGAGUGUUGCACAAAAUGGCAAAAGAACAUUUGCAUUCCACGCAGACCGAGACCAAUCCUAUUACGAGCGAAUUGUUAAUUCUCAGUCUAGAUUUGGUGAAAAAUCGCGUGGCAGUAAUGGGCGUUGAUAUGCGCAAAUCGUUCAUAGGUUCAAUCUUAGUCGGCCUGAUUGAAAAGACGCAAGAUGUCAAGGUAAUGAAGGCCAUCACGAAAAUAUUGGAGGAGUGGAUGAAAAACAAGACCACCAUCGCGAUGAAUCAGACGCCCAGUUUGCGCGAGAAAUCCAUUCUACUGGUGAAAAUGAUGCAGUAUGUCGAGAAACGUUUCCCUGACGAUUUAGAGUUGAACCGGCAAUUCUUAGAGCUGGUGAAUUACGUUUAUCGCGACGAGACGCUGAAGGUAACGGAAUUGACAAGUAAAUUAGAGCAGGCCUUUAUGGCGGGUCUACGUUGUGUGCAGCCGCAAGUGCGAGCAAAGUUCUUCGAGGUAUUCGAUAAUUCGAUGAAGAGACGUUUGGUCGAUCGUAUUUUGUAUAUCGUUAUCAGUCAAAAUUGGGAAAGUAUAGGAUCUCAUUAUUGGAUCAAGCAAUGCAUCGAGUUAUUGCUGGCCACUGUCAAUCCGACUACUCUGACACAAAUGACUAAUGAAGAUCUCUUGCUGCCCAGCAUCACAACUAUUAUGCAAGAAGGUAUGGAACAGGAGAAUAAAGAUCAAACGCGCUUUGUCUGCCGUCUUGGUCGCACUGACGAGGAGCCACAAAAUAUCGAUGUAAGAAUUAAAGAGGAAGGAGACUCGAAAGAGACACUCGAAAUGGACGCUUGGAUGUCCAAUUUGACGGAUUCCACGAACGCCACCGCGUCCGUCGAAGAGAUCACCGAGAAGCCCAGCUUGACGCAGAUGAUCAACAAGCAGAUACAGUUCAUGGAGAAUGCAAAGAAGAUCAGAACGGAACAGCUACUAUUGGCAACCGCUCAGUUAUGCCACAUGGACACCGGACUGGCGGAACGUGUCUGGUUAGAUAUGUUCCCACGAAUAUGGUCUGUCUUGGACGAAUCUUGUGUUAAUGUCAUCGCGAAAGAGGUAGCACCAUUCGUUGCCAGCGGUGUGCACGUUGGUCAGAAAGACUGUCAUCCGAGCGCACUUGGGACCUUUUUGGAAUCAUUGGCACACUGCAAUCCACCUGUGGCGAUAGCGCCGCCUGUGAUGAAAUAUCUGGGCAGAUCGCACAAUGUCUGGCACCGAAUAACACUAAGUUUAGAGCAAAUGGGCGCCGAGAUGGCGGCAGACGGUAACGGUAGUAACGCGAAGAACAGAGGCGAACCCGAUCUGUAUCGCUCAUCCGACGAAACGGAACAGGUCGAGGGUGUCACCCCUUAUUACGAGGUGAUGCAUAUGCUCUCGGAGAUGUACUCAUUACUCUGCGAGGAGGACAUGUGGUCAGGUCUAUGGCAGAAGAGGCCUGCGCAUUACAAAGAGACCCUGCAUGCGAUCGCGCUCGAGCAACAGGGAUUCUUUGAACAGGCUCAAGGCGCAUACGAGGUAUGCAUGACUAAAUUUCGACAAGAUUUCUCAUCUACUCCGGCACCCUAUCAUGUCAAUGAGGAAAUGCUUCUUUGGGAGAGACAUUGGGAGCGCACUGUAAAAGAACAGAAUCAAUGGGAUAUUCUAUUUGAAUUGGGCAGCCAUAGCAGUUACAAUAAUCCCUACCUUGUCCUGGACAGUGCGUGGCGUACUCCCAAUUGGCCGGCAAUGAAGGAAGUUAUCGCACAAUUGGAACAAAAUUGUCCACGGGAAAUGCUCUGGAAGAUCAAUCUCUAUCGUGGAUUUAUAUCCUUGUGCAGUAGCGAAGACCAGCAUCUGAGCACCGUCGAGCGUUUCGUAGAGCUCGCAUCCGGUCUAUGCAUGCGCGAGUGGCGUCGACUCCCGCGCAUUGUUAGCCACGUCCAUCAACCGCUGCUGCAAGCGGCCCAGCAGAUAAUGGAGCUUCAAGAGGCAAUGCAAAUCCAUCAAGGAUUACUGCACGGCAGGAGUAAUUCGCUGCACGACAUGAAAGCCAUCGUGAAAACAUGGCGGAAUCGUUUGCCCGUGAUAGCCGACGAUCUCAGCCACUGGUCAGAUAUCUUUGCCUGGCGGCAGCAUCACUACACCUUUAUCACCAAUCACUAUGAUUCACAACAAGAUCAAACCGUUAAUCACUCGUUGCUCGGUGUACACGCCUCUAUGCAAGCAAUUAUUCACUUCGGCAAGAUUGCCAGAAAGCAAAAUCUAUGCGGUGUAUGCUUGGAUUCAUUGGUCAGGAUUUACAACAUUCCCACAAGCGUACCUAUGGUCGAUUGCUUUCAAAAAAUCCGACAACAAGUAAAAUGUCACUUACAGAUGGCCACCAUGGGUGGGCAAAAUGAUUUGCAGGAAGGCUUAGAUGUUUUAGAAUCAACCAACAUGGGCUAUUUUACAAAAGAAAUGGUAGCAGAGUUUUACGCGCUCAAGGGUUUACUUCAAUCACAGCUAGGCCGUUCGGAUGAAGCCAACAAGAGCUUCUCUGCCGCAGCUCAGUUGCAUGACACUCUAGUGAAGGCUUGGUCCUUAUGGGGCGAUUAUCUCGAGAAUAUCUUUAUACGAGACGCUCGUCAAAUCAGUAUCGGUAUUAACGCUCUUGUAUGCUUUCUACACGCUUGUAGACAUCAAAAUGAAUCCAAAUCUAGAAAGUACAUCGCUAAAAUUCUAUGGUUGCUCACAUACGAUGAUGAUAAGUCUUCACUCAUGGAAACCGUAGACAAAUAUGCUGUAGGUGUACCAGCUAUUCAAUGGUUGCCCUGGGUACCGCAAUUACUAAUGUACCUGGUUCGUCACGAAGGCAAUGUUAUUCUGAAUUUGCUAAGUCAAGUCGGUAGGAUGUUUCCACAAGCAGUUUACUUCUCCAUACGUACUCUCUAUUUAACAUUGAAGAUAGAACAAAGAGAGAGAUACAAGAGCGGCGAAUUAGUUGCCGGUAAAAGUCAGGACGGUGUUGAAGAUCGGGGUUCUGCUGCAACGGGCAAUGUGCAACAGGGAAUGCCGGAAACGGGUCAUACCGUACGCGCCACAGCACCUAUGUGGAGAUGCUCAAAGAUCAUGCAUAUGCAAAGAGAUAUCCAUCCAACUGUAUUGUCUAGUUUGGAGGGUAUAGUCGAUCAGAUGGUAUGGUUUCGUGAGACGUGGUAUGAAGAAGUUUUAAGGCAGUUGAGACAAGGUCUUGCUAAGUGUUAUGCAAUAGCAUUUGAGAAUCGUGGUGCAGUUAGUGAAGCUACGAUAACUCCCCAUACAUUAAAUUUUGUAAAUAAGCUUGUGUCGACCUUCGGUAUUGGCAUCGAAAAUAUAUCUUCCUCACAAAACAUGAGCAGUUCAUUUAGCUCGGCAGCAUCGGAAUCCUUAGCACGACGAGCUCAAGCUACUGUGCAAGAUCCUGUUUUCCAGAAAAUGAAGGGCCAAUUCACGAGUGAUUUUGACUUUACCGUACCUGGAGCUAGUCUGUUACACAAUCUUAUUAGCAAGUUGAAGAAAUGGAUAAAGAUUCUCGAAGAGAAAACGAAACAAUUGCCAAAAUCUUUUUUAAUUGAGGAGAAAUGUCGUUUCUUAAGCAACUUUAGCUUGAAAACUGCAGAGGUUGAGCUGCCCGGUGAAUUCCUGAUACCUAGGCACUCACAUUAUUCCGUAAAGAUAGCGAGAUUUGUACCACGCGUUGAAGUAGUUCAACGACACAACACGGCUGCCAGAAGAUUGCGUAUCCGCGGUCACAACGGUCGUCUCUAUCCAUAUUUAGUGGUCAAUGAUGCCGGUUUAGGGGAUGCCAGACGUGAGGAGCGCCUGUUACAAUUGCUGCGCAUGUUGAACCACUAUUUGACCAAGCAAAAGGAAACAUCGCGACGUUUCUUGCACUUUACGGUGCCACGACUCGUUGCCGUUUCGCCGCAGAUGAGACUCGUGGAGGACAACCCGGCAGCGAUUUCUCUCUUGGAUAUUUACAAGCAGAGUUGCAACAAACUAGGGAUGGAACACGAUGCACCUAUUGCCAAGUAUUACGAGAAAUUGGCCGCCGUACAAGCACGAGGCGUGCAAGCCAGUCAUCAAGUACUGCGGGAUAUUCUGAAGGAAGUGCAAACCACAAUGGUCUCUAAAACUAUGCUCAAAGAUUGGGCGAUGAAGACAUUCCCUGGCGCCACUGAUUACUGGACAUUUAGAAAAAUGUUUACUCUGCAGCUAUCUUUAACGUGUUUCGCCGAAUACGUGCUUCAUCUUACACGACUUAAUCCCGACAUGAUGUAUGUGCAUCAGGAUUCCGGUCUGAUCAACAUUGCAUAUUUUAAAUUCGACAUUGACGAUACUUCCGGAAAGUUAGACGCGAACAGACCGGUACCCUUCCGCCUAACGCCCAAUAUCUUCGAGUUUCUCACAACUAUAGGAGUUUGCGGGCCAUUAACCGCUAGCGCGAUUGCCACAGCGCGCUGUUUGGUUCAGCCUACGUUUCAGCUGCACGCUAUACUCCGUGCGAUUUUGCGGGACGAGGUGAUCGCUGACCACAAACGACAAGAGGACACCGAGGGUACGUCGCAAGCACCGAGCGAUCCAAAAGGCGAGCUCCUGAUAACGAUGGUAACCCGCGCGGUCACCGCAAUCGUUACUAGACUGAACUCGCUGGCGAAUUUUGAUGGCAUUGACAGUAAAGUCAGCACAUUGGUAGCCGCCGCCAAUAGCCAUGACAAUCUCUGCAGGAUGGAUCCCUCGUGGCAUCCAUGGCUAUAAAAAUGCAACACAUUCGACCUAACUGUAUUAACUGUUAAAGGAUUGAAAUCGUUAUUUUUGGUUUUCUUGCCCACAUAUACGUCUUUAUUUUUGACGCCACUACCACUGACUUAUGGUUUUGGAAAACAAGAGAUAAGUUAAAUAAUAGAAAAGUAUUAUUUUGUCUUUAUAUAUAUAAAUAUAUUAAUAUACAUUAUACAUAUAGAUUAGUCGACAUUGUACAGAAAUCGAAAUUGUAAACUGCGAAUUUUAUGUAAUCUACUCUUUAAGGGCCACUUCAACUAACUCCGAUUAACUUUAAUCGAUGAUUAACUCAAUCGCCCAAGCAAACUGAUGUUAUUUUAAUGUAAAAAUAAAAUUUCUACAUUUUGACACUAUAAUGACAAAUAACGUUAGCUUAAAUGUCUGGGCGAUUAAAUUUCAGAGUUGGUCGAAAUGGUGGCCUUAACUUCUAUUAUGUAACUCUUAAAACAAGAUACUAUGGUCUGCUCUUCAUUAAUUUUUAUAAAAUUUUCAGCAAUGAUAGAAAAUGCUAUUUAAUGAAUAUGCGUAAAGCCGUUUUUCUGUGUCUUAGAAGCUGAGAUAUAAGCAAUUAAAGCCCAUAUGCACAAACAUUAAGCGUACACAUGUACACGGUGCGUUGCUUGUGUGUUUGCAGGGCUGCGUUUUGACACUGCCUGAAAAUCUAUAGUAUACGUAACGUGAAUUAGAUUUUCAGUACUGAUAGUGAAUUUCGAAAUGCAGCCAGUAUUUGGCUGUGUUCGAACUGGCAGUUGUUCUGCGCAGAUCGCUCUCGCCUGUCUCGGAUGUUAGCUACAUCAGGUAUACUAUUUUGUGCACGGCUACUGAUAGUUAUCGGUUCGAUAAUAUUUUAUUUCACGCGCACAUACUCGCCGUGUCCAUGUGUACUUACAUGCAUAUAAGUUUUAAUUGCUAUUUCAGCUUCCAAGACACAUUCAGAAAAACAACUUUACGUUAUAUUCAGAAAUACAUAUAUUUAAUACCGCUACUUUACGUAUAUUUGUUAGAUAGCAUUCUCUAUUAUUGCUGCAAAUUUUAAAAUCUAUAAAGAGCAGAACGUAGUGUCCCUUUAUAUGUACAUUUAAUAUUUGCUUGUAAAACUCAUUUUUAUCAUACAUAGAUGUACUAUUUGCCGUAACACAAUAAUGUAGCAAAAUUAUCGAGUUCCUUCUGAGCGUAUAUGUAAGAUUUUAAGAAACUAAGAAUAAUUUUCUUGUUAAAAAGUAGAAUAUACACUUGAUACAGAAAGUUCUUAUUUAUUAUAAAUACACGCAGACAUUUGAAAUUUAAGAACAUUGUAUGAAAUAAUAACAUUCUUUAAAAAAAAA